GCCACACCCACAGCACGCUACCGGGCCCCAGCAGCACUUGUCUGCCUGCCUUCACUUCUCUCUCUUGUCUCUUCAGUCCUCGUUCGUUCCUUCCUCUCUGUUUAUCUGUCUGUCCAUCAGGAUGGCGGAGCUGGAGGGUCUGGAGGAGUUUGGGAAGUCGGAUUUUGUCCUUCUGGAUGAGGUGAACAUGGAGCAGUUUAUGGAGAAUCUGAAGUUAAGGUUUGAGAAAGCCCGUAUCUACACCUUCAUAGGUGAAGUGGUGGUGUCAGUCAACCCUUACAAACAGAUGGACAUCUACGGUAAAGAGGCCAUCGACGCGUACCGCGGCCGGGAGCUGUACGAGAACCCACCCCACCUGUAUGCUGUGGCCGACGCUGCGUACAAGGCCAUGAAGAGACGGGCCAAAGACACCUGCAUCGUCAUAUCAGGUGAGAGUGGAGCAGGAAAGACAGAGGCUAGCAAGUACAUCAUGCAGUACAUCGCAGCUAUUACCAACCCCAGCCAGAGAGCAGAGGUCGAGAGUGUGAAGAACGUUCUGCUGAAGUCAAACUGUGUGCUGGAGGCCUUCGGUAACGCCAAGACCAACCGCAACGACAACUCCAGCCGCUUCGGCAAGUACAUGGACAUCAACUUCAACUUCAACGGGGACCCCACCGGCGGCCAUAUUAACAACUACCUGCUGGAGAAGUCAAGGGUUGUUCAGCAGCAGGGAGGGGAGAGGAACUUCCACUCCUUCUAUCAGUUACUGCGUGGAGGUUCAGAGGAAAUGCUGGGGUCACUUCACCUCCAGAAGGAUCCUGUCAACUAUGUGUACACCAGAGAAGGAGCUGCCUCCACUACAUCCAACAAUGACCGGUCUAAUCACAGGGCUGUGCUGAGUGCCUUGCAGGUGAUUGGCUUCUCAGAGGAGGAGAUCGACUCCAUCUACAGGAUCCUGGGGACCAUCCUCAUCCUGGGCAACCUGCAGUUUGAGACAGACAGUGAGAGUGUCCAGGUGGUGGGUUCGGAGACUGUGAGUCACAUCGCUGGGCUGACCACCACAGAGCCAGACAACGUGACUAAGAGCCUGCUGUACCGCACUGUGGCCACUGGGGGCGGAGAGGUCAUAGAGAAGGGACACACUGAAAAGGAGGCCUGCUUUGGCCGGGACGCUUUUGCCAAGGCUCUCUAUGAGAGAUUGUUUUGUUGGAUUGUGGCUCGUAUCAAUGCUGUUAUUGAGGUGAAAGACUACAACCCAGUGCUCCAUGGGAAAAACACAGUCAUCGGAGUGCUGGAUAUUUACGGCUUUGAAAUCUUCGACAACAACAGCUUUGAACAGUUCUGUAUUAACUACUGUAAUGAGAAGCUGCAGCAGCUCUUCAUCGAGCUGAUCCUUCGCCAGGAACAAGACGAGUACCAGAGAGAGGGUAUCACCUGGCAGCAUAUUGACUACUUUAACAACCAGAUAAUCGUGGACCUUGUGGAACAGCCCCAUAAGGGCAUCAUCUCUGUGUUGGACGAGGCCUGUCUCACUGUGGGCAAGGUGACAGACACCAUCUGCCUGGAGAGCAUGGAUGCUAAGCUGGGACAACACCCUCACUACACCUCCCGCAAGCUCACCCCAUCAGACAAGACCAUGGAGUUCCACAGAGACUUCCGUAUCCGCCACUAUGCUGGGGACGUCACAUAUUCUGUCGAGGGCUUUUUGGACAAGAACAAGGACCCACUCUUCCAAGAUUUCAAGCGGCUCAUGUAUAACAGUUCCAACCCUGUGCUGAAGGAGAUGUGGCCAGAUGGUCAGCUGAGCAUCACAGAGGUCACUAAACGACCCCUGACUGCAGCCACCCUCUUCAAGAACUCCAUUGUGGCCCUUGUGGAUAAACUGGGCUGCAAGGAGCCAUACUAUGUGCGCUGCAUCAAGCCCAAUGAGAUGAAGUCUCCCGUGCUGUUUGACGACGCCCGAUGCCAACACCAGGUGGCGUACCUGGGCCUGCUGGAGAACGUCAGGGUGCGGAGGGCAGGGUUCGCCUACCGCCAGCCCUAUGCACGCUUCCUACAGAGGUAUAAGAUGACGUGUGAGUACACCUGGCCCAAUCACCUGAUGGAGACAGACAGAGAGGCAGUGGAGGCUAUCGUUACGCAGCACGGUUUCCAGGACGACGUGGCGUAUGGACACACCAAGCUGUUUGUGCGAACACCUCGGUCCCUUUUCACGCUGGAGCAGGAGAGAGCUGCGCUCAUUCCCAUCCUGGUGCUGUUCCUACAGAAGGUAUGGCGCGGGGCACUGGCGAGGAUGAGGUGCCAGCGUAUGCGUGCCAUCUAUGCCAUCAUGGGUUGCUACAAGCGCUACAAGGUCAAGGCCCACUUCUGGGAGGUAGAACGACGUUUCACCAACGUACGCAACAUGGCUGACUAUGGGAAGAGUGUGGAGUGGCCCAUGCCGCCGGCAGCCCUCGCACAGUUCGACAGCAUCACUCAACAGCUACAUCGCAGGUGGCGCGCCAGGCAGAUAGUGAAGAACAUCCCUCCGUCUGACAUGGGGGAGGUGAGGGCCAAGGUGGCUGCUCUGGGGGCUCUGAGUGGGGAGAGGAAGGACUGGGGCUGUGGCCGACCCUGGGAGAGGGACUACCUGUCUAACGUGAGGGACUGCCCUCAGACCAGCUCUAACUUCAUACGGAUCUCCAAAGAGCUGAGAAACAAAGACCAAUACAACCAGGUCCUCUUCUCAGGGUUCUGUAGGAAGGUGAAUCGGUUCAAUAAAAGCACAGACCGAGCCUUGUUUAUUACGGAAAAACAUAUCUACAAACUGGACCCCAAAAAACAGUUCAAGGUGUUGAAAAGACUGCCGCUAGAGAGUAUGACAGGCCUGAGCAUCACUGCAGGCGUUGACCAGAUGGUGGCGCUACACACCUCCUCCCAGGAUGAUGUCCUUCUCUACAUCCAGAGAGGAGAGCUGUGCCCCAACCAGGACCGCAUCGGGGAGCUGGAACGCCCGCUACCAGUGAAGGUUUGCUGCUCGGCCGUCCAGCUGUACAUGCGGGGCAAGCCCAAGAGUGUAACCCUGGAGGCCAAGGCCGGCCAGGCCCACGCAGACUUCCGUAAGAACCGCGACGGUUUCACCCUCCUGAUCCCCUCCAACUGAGACAGUCACCACCAGCUACCCCAGGCACAUUCUAAUCUGGACCUCAAAGCCUGCUGAUUUUUAUGUUCUUGGAAAAGGAGCUUCAAUCUUAUUGGUUGAAAAUGUAAAACCAAUGCACUGAUGGUUGGAGUUGGAACUACUCAUUAUGGCAGGGACUCACACUGGCCAUUGGAUGUUUUUUGUCAUAUGAUGUAUGGUUUAGAUGCUCACAGGUAUAACGUUUAACUUUAAAAACAUAUUUUUUAUAUGAUUUCAUGUUUUUGCACUUUUCAGGGAAUUAACAGAGAUGUAUAGCCAAGAGAUUGAAAUGCAAACAAGAAUAGCAAUAUUUCACAUACAUUUUUUUCAGACUAACUUAGUUUAGACACAGUGUUUUUAUACUGUAUAUUCAGCAGAGAAGACAGCUAUUUUACUGCCUUUGAGAAAUGUGAAUACUCCUUUAAAGUGCAUCAUCUCAACACACUGCCUUGAAAGGGCAGACCAUGAGAUUAAUAGCAAUAAUGGAAAAGCAAAUAAAUAUUUAUUAAAAUGUA